GGAGUUACUCGCAUUCUGUGUACCUCAAUACCAUACUACAAAACAGUCAUCAUCAUGUCGUUUGAGUGCCCACAUUGCGGUUUUAGGAACAAUGAAAUUCAAAGUGGUGAAGCUGUGCAGGAGCAUGGUUCUGAGAUUGUUUUGCGAGUGCAAGAGCAGGUGGAUCUUCGACGACAAUUGGUGAGAUCAGAGUAUGCAACAAUUGAAGUACCAGAGCUAGAACUUGUGAUCCCUGCUAAAACUCGUCCAGGGGAGAUCACCACUGUUGAAGGAGUUUUGGAAAGAGUUGGUACUGGCCUUUCUCAAGAACAAGACAGAAGGAGAGAGCUGGAUCCUGAAAGUGCGGCAAAAAUCGACAACUUUCUGGUUCAUUUACGAAAGUGCCUAACCCUGUCGGAAAAAUGGACUUUGAAGCUCCAUGAUCCCACGGGAAACUGCUUCAUUCAAAAUCCUGAUCCACGCCAUGUCGAUCCACGAUGUAUCGUCUCUCACUACCAUCGUAUUCUAGAAGAGCGGAAACUCUUGGGACUGGCUGACGAUGACGUUGAAGAACAAGAACGUACAUCGGAGUGGAAGUCAUUCGAUGAUGCAAAAAGAGAGGUCCUCCACUUUCCCACUGAAUGCCCAAAUUGUGGGUCACCAUGCGAAGUCUUGAUGAAACCAACAGGUAUUUUUUUCCUCUUUCUCCUGCUUAUUCAAUUGGCUCAUAUCUUGUCAGUGAUGAAUGGAGAAAUCAGUUCAUGA